AGGAAAAAAACAAAUAUGCCAGAUUGUGCGUAUCCGAGGGAGGCCCGACUCCUUGAAGAUACGGAUGCCAGUGCCCCGAGGGUUUCGCGCGAGGACGGCGUGGCGCAGCGCCUGGACCCUGAGACUCGAGAGUGGAAUUACAGGAUAAAAGGAACAAGUUCGUCUGUGCUGAAGAAUCAUGGCGGGACGUGGGCGCAUCUGGCGCCUCUUGCUGUGCUUCCUAAUAACGUCGCUCCUUGUGACUGCCGUGGCUUCUCAAGACCAACCGGACGCGUGUCCCCGGGCGUGCGAGCGGCGCGACAGGCACGGCCGCUGCCGUAAGAUGUUUUCUUGCCAGGUCUCGGGCCCGGACGUCGGGGAGAGCGUGUUACGUGUGCCCUGUCGAGGUCGCUGCCGGCGGUACGUCGCUGGCCAGUGCCGUCUCUCCUUCUCCUGCCUCGUCGGCUAGAGGCACCGCUACACGCCCUUCCCGCAAUAAAGCCAUGUCAUCUGUACCUUCUGGAGGAUUCUGCCAAACGAAUUCCGGCCGCACGCUUUCGCCAGACGAGGUUUUGCAGAAGUGCCUGCUCUGCCACACGACGUCCGCUGCUCCGCGCUGCUCCGCCUCAGCUGACCCGCUUCGCUGCAAUCCGGGUUCAUCGCGUCACCCGCUGCUUCUGGCAUUAAGCUUUCGCGAAACCGGGAAAGUGCUGGCUUAUACUAUGUUAGAAUAAACCACGCGUAUUAUCACUUAAACACCCACACACGCACACAUACAUAUAUAUGUACAUAUAUAUGUGUGUGUGUGUAUAUAUAUAUAUAUAUAUAUAUAUAUAUAUAUAUAUAUAUAUAUAUAUAUAUAUAUAUAUAUAUAUA